UGGUCAACAGCGUGAACCUCAGAACGAUAUCUUCAGUAUGCUUGCAGCAACAAGUUCCGCGUCGUCCUCGCGCCCGAUAACGCCUUCAUACUCUCCUCAACCAGUGCAGAAGACCACAAGUCUCGGAGCCCCCGUGCCCCCAAAUGCUGGACUGAAGCCGAUGCAGAAGUCAGCUAGCAGCGGAGGUGAUGCAUUUGGGGACUUGUUGAGAGGAACGAUAGCCGGUUCGUCAUCCACAGCAAACUUAACUAUGGCGCAACGGGCUGCACUGGCGGAGAAGCAGAGGAAGGAGCAGACGCAGACAAUGUCUCCGGCGACUCAGUCCUCAGCCUGGGUGGGCCUCGAUGCAUUAGGGAGCUCCUCAUCCCUGACUGCAAGUACUGUCCCGUCGAAGACGCCGUCAAUCCGAGUAGACGAUGAUCACGACUGGACGUCCGCUUUCAACCAGCCUGCCAAACCGUCUGCUCCAGCGCCGGCCUCCGCGAAUAUGAGAGUUAUUCAGGCAACAGACGAUGACUGGGGUCUGGACGAUUUUGUCUCGAAACCUGCCUCCAUGGUAGCCCCUUCCUCUCAGCCGUCCUCGAAGACAGGCUCAUUAUGGGAGCUAGACGAAUUUUCCUCUCCCGUUGCCUCGGGCCCCAUUCGGACAUCACCAGGUCACAAUGUCAGGUCCUCGACUCCCGGAAGUUUUGACUUCGGCGACCGUGAAGAUGGGUUACUCAACGAUGCGUCAGGCGAUGAGAACGACAUUCUUGGGGAACUUGGAAGGCCCGUGCAACCUGAGCUCACGCGACCAAUGGAUGCUCCUGCUACACGGGCGACGCCAUCACCUCAUCCACCUGUUGCCCAGUCGCGGUCACGAGCAGUCUCACCUCCACCACAUGUGUUGGGACAGAUCGUCGAGAUGGGCUUCUCUAUACAGCAGGCUCGUGUUGCAUUGACUGCCACAGACACUGGUUUAGAUGUCCAAGCUGCACUGGAAAUGCUUCUCUCGAAUGGCGCCGCGUCGUCAUCGACUCCGCCUCCGGAACCUCCAAGCCGCGAGCGCCCUAGAGAGCGUAGAGACGAAGAUCCUGCUUUAUCUGGUCAGCGAAUACCUGGUCGCCGAGACAAACGACGAGAACAACCAUCGCGCGAGAGCUCCGGUCCCGGAGAGCGCAACUUGCAAGAGCAAGCCGACAAGCUGCUCGCUCAGGCGAGCGAGAUCGGACUUAGUGUGUUUAGUCGUGCGAAUGCGUUGUGGAAACAAGGCAGGGAGAAAGUACAGCAAGUAUACGAGGAGAGGGCAGUCGCACCAGGUGCUGAUUCCAGGGGUUCAAGGCAAGACGGUCGGCCGAGGUGGAUGCAAGAGGGUUCCAGAGAAGAGGGUGAGGGUGGCCCAGCCGACCAUCCCGGCGGAUUCCGGGAUAGUGACGAGGACGUGCCUGUACCCGCGAAGUAUGUUGAACAGCGCCGCAGGUCUACAGAGCCCAAGGUUACACCCUCACAACGACCUCGAGAGGAAACUCCCCCCAAAGUCAAGACGGCUGAUUUACUCUCGGAGGAUGCACCGUCGGUGUAUGUCUCUCCGUACCGCCGAAAGACUCCUGCUCGCUCUCAAUUAUCCACUCCUGCCGAGCUUGUGUCAAGACAAGCACCACCCAAAGCACCCGAGCCUGCUCCUCUCGUUCAGAGGAAGACAGUACCCGCUUCGCCAUCGGAGAUCGCCACCUCUGCCAAACACAAAGCGGCCGGGACAGAAAUGUUCAAACUUGGUCGCUACGCCGAAGCAGAAACGUCAUACUCGUACGCCAUCGCCGCACUGCCUGAUUCUCACCUCCUCCUCGUGCCGCUCUAUAACAAUCGUGCCCUCACGCGUAUCAAAACUGGGGACUACAAUGGUGCGAUUGAGGACUGCACGACCGUGCUCAAGAUCAUCGGCUCUGGCUACCACCCCGCGCGGGAGGCCAGGGUCACGAACGACGAUGAGGGCGCGGGCGCCGACCUCGCGGACGCGUACAUCAAGGCUCUGCGCAGGCGGGCAGAGGCCUACGAGGGGAAGGAGAAAUGGGACAACGCACGCAAGGACUGGGAGGCGAUCGCCGCGGCGGAGUGGGCAGGCAAGGCGCGGAAUGAGGCCGCGCAGGCUGCCGGGCGCUGCAGGCGUAUGCUCAACACCGACCCUGGUACACCCGCUUCGUCUGCUGCUGCCGCGCCAUCCAAGCCUAAGCCGCAGGCGAGACCACGGCCGGUGCAGCGCGUGCCAACGCCACCCUCUGAGGCGCUUAACCGUGUGCGCGAGGCGAACCAGGCUGCGGAGGCCGAGGACCAAGAGCGGCAUGCAUUGAAGGACGAUGUCGACGCUCGGCUGAUGGUAUGGAAGGGCGGAAAGGAGACGAAUCUCCGUGCUCUCGUUGCGAGCCUGGACUCCGUCCUGUGGCCGGAGUUGGGCUGGCAGAAGGUCGGGAUGCACGAGCUGGUCACCCCGGCGCAGGUGAAGAUCAGGUACACGAAGGCGAUUGCGAAGUUGCAUCCUGAUAAGCUAAACACACGCAACACUACAUUGGAACAGCGGAUGAUUGCGAACGGAGUAUUUGGGUCUUUGAAUGAGGCCUGGAAUGCUUUUAAGCAGUAGAAAGUGUUGAUUACGUGUAGCUCACCUAUAACAUGAUCUAGACGAGGUGUAUCUCUGCGAUAUGACUGUAUCCAAUAUACUCUUCCUGAGGGCUGUUCCGACAACC